GAAUCAAGACAUGAACAUGAGGGUUUUCUUCAAGAGUCUGUCGCUUUUACUGGGGUUUUUCCCACUUCAAAUGAAGGCAGAUGAAAAAGAAGUGAACGCGGCAGGAUGGGGCACAGCCAGCCAUUCGUCAUUUUUUGGGAACUGGUAUCCCCAAAACGCUCAGGAUGGGAGACCCGGCACCUGCACACACACACAGACCCAAAGCACCCCGUGGUGGAAGCUGGACCUGCUGAAGGUGUACAGCGUGAACCGAGUGGUCAUCACUAAUAGACCAGACUGCUGCAGCGAGAGGAUAAACGGGGCAGAGAUUCGGGUCGGAAACGAUUCUUCGAACUUUUCCAGCAACCCCCUAUGUGCUGUGGUUUCUAGUAUUCCAGCUGGCGGUUCAUCCAGCUACCCGUGUAAUAGGAUGGAGGGACGAUAUGUAACUGUGGUUAUUCCUGGAAAUGAUAGGAUUCUUACUCUCUGUGAGGUGGAAGUCUAUGUGGUUUAUCCAGGUAAUUUGGCAGCAGGAAGAAGCGUCACGCAGUCAUCGACCACUAACAGCUGGAUCGCUGAACAGGCCAUUGACUUCAAUCCAGGUUUCACGUAUCCACAGUCCGCGUGUUCCUCAACCCUUAGUCAGACUAACCCGUGGUGGAGGCUGGAUCUGCGGCAGAUUUACAGAGUUAAUCGAGUGGUCGUCACGAACAGACUAGACUGCUGUCCGGAACGAAUAAACGGAGCGGAGAUUCGCAUCGGAAACUCUUUGGAGAACAACGGCAACAACAAUCCCAUAUGUGCUGUGAUUUCCAGCAUUCCAGCUGGUGUUUCGUCCGCCUACGCGUGUAACGAUAUGGAGGGUCGAUAUGUGAAUCUGAUCAUUCCUGGAGAUUCAAGGUUUCUCACCGUGUGUGAGGUGGAGGUCUAUGGAGAAGGUCCUUGUUUAAAGCAAACGUUUGUGAAGCUCAAACUGAAGUCCAGCUGGAGUCUGUCUGAAGCUGCAGCGAGAGUCCCGCUCCUGACGCAGCUGGAAUCUGCUCUGGCGGGAAGAGGGAUUUCUAACGUGACACUGCGCUGGUCUCAACUGCCCAAACAGGAAGUGAUGCGGAAGGAAGCUGCGCCCGAGAAUGUGGCACUAAAAGGACGAGCUGUGCAGUCGAGCUUAUAUGGAGCACGCUGGGGAUCGGGGAACGCCAUCGACGGCAUCAGAUACGCUCCGGGGGAAGCCACGUCCUGCGCCAUGACGUUACAACGGGUCGACUCGUGGUGGAGGCUGGACCUGCUGGAGUAUCACUACAUUAACAGGGUGACCAUCACCAACAGAGCCGACUGCUGUCCGGAGCGCUUGACUGGAGUAGAGAUCCGCAUCGGGGACUCCCUGGAAAACAACGGCAACAACAAUCCCAGAUGUGCUGUCGUUUCUUGGGCCGUUCCAGCGGGUGGCACGGUCAGUUUCUCGUGCGUUGGAAUGGGCGGCCGCUACGUCAACAUGUUCCUUCCUAAAAUCAACACUUUCCUCACGCUGUGUGAGGUGGAGGUUUAUGGAACAGUUUACAGGGAAAAAAAAAUAUUUCUGAGGAUGGGAUUAGCCUCCAGUGUGGAUACAGCGUCAGUGAACAACACAUUUCUCAAUCAGCUGCAGUCCGCUCUCGGGUUGAGUUUGGCUCCUGAUGUUAGACUGUCCUGGACGAGGCUCCCGUACCACAGUGUGACGCACAAGCCCAAAAAACCAACAAGGUGUACUAAUGGACAUUAAUCUGGAUACACAGAUUGAAUCUUUCAAGCAGAUAUUUUUUAUUCUGAAAUUGAUUUGUAAUUGUUCCUGUUUUAAAUUCAUUAUCCUGACAUGGUUCAUAUAAUCAGAUUAAUCAUAUGCAUAAGUAGCUAAACUUAUCCGUGUACAUUUAUGGGCAUUAUAGUUUCACGUAUCAAUGAACACCUGGUAAUGUAAUCAAUAUAGUGGUACAUCUGAAGGAUAAUUUAAAUUAUUUUUAUUUAAUGAUACCUGCUGAUAAUAUACAUGUAU